UCCUCUGAUUUUGCAGUGAUGAACAACUAUCAGGCGGCUGCUGCAGCCGCACACAGCUACGGUCCGUCGGCCUCGCCACAUGCAGGGGCUGCCACCACGGCCACACGGCAGGGCUUUCCUUCCACCAAUUCGCCCGGACCAACCAUUGACAUGUACAGCUCGGCCGGGGCCGACAAUGUGGGCUAUGUACAGGCCACCAGUCCGCAGCCAUCGGGCUUUCCCAUAGCCGUCAGCCGUGCCCCAUUGAACUACAGCCCGAUUUAUUCGUUGAACUUUGCGAUGGCUAAUAUAUAAAAAGACUGAUAACCCAAAAUAUAAAACAAGAAUACAAACAAAUGCAAAAAGUAUAUACAAUUAUAUAUAUGUAAAUCGAAAUAUAUAUAUAUAUACACAUAUAUACAUAUAUAAAUAAACGAAAAGCAAAAAGAAACAAAAUAAGUAAAGAAAACAAAACAAAAGUAAAAAGUAAUAAGAGUAUAUAACAAACGCAGUUGCACAAGGGACCACUAAUUCCUGCGGCAUUUACAAAUGGAUACCAUUAAAAAGGUGGCGCCGACAACCGCAAUGACAACAACAACAACAACAACAACAGCAGCUACAACAACAACAACAACAACAACAACAAAUAGAACAAACACAACAACUAAAGCAACAACAAUUGACAACAGACACGAAAAGUAACUGCAACCACACACAGCGCAGCAACAAAUAUAACUAAAAGAAUAAAUAUAUAUAAACAUAUAUAUAAAUUAAAGUAUAUAUAAUAUAUACUUACACACACACACACACAUAUACAUAUAUGUGUGUAUAUAAUAUAUUUACAUGCUUGUGUAUGUUAAUAUAUAUUUCCACAAUGCAAAUGAAAUCUGUUAAGCAGAGCCAAGCAAUAAGCCCGAUAAACCAGAAACACACACACACAGACACACCCCCACACACAUACAUGAUAAUUAAUUAAUUAACGUAUAUGUACUGCAUACAUACAUGCAAGUACGUACAUACAUAUAUACUUAUAUGCACACUUGUAUGCAUGUAAAUUUAUAGCAAAAAAAACAAAGAAGAACUAUAAGCGCAGCGAAAAAAAAAAUUAAUUUUAAUUUAAUGACAACAAGAACAAGAAGAACAACAACAACAAUAACUACAACAACAACAACAACAACAACAAUAUUACCAAAUAAUCAAAUAACCAAACACGGCAGCCGCAGCGCCCAAAAAGAUGCAACGUUUGCAGCAAAAAUCGUUUAAAAUGCAAAUUAAACGAAACUGCGUCAAGUGCAGCAGCAGCAGCAGCAGCGGCAGCAGCGGCAGCAGUAGGCGGCAUGUGGGCGUGGCCUUUACACACACACAUACACACACCCAACCGCACACACACACCCACAGGGCCAGCCUGGAGGAUGCACCAGCGGCCGCCGCGUCACCAUUUUUAAGUAAUGAGAAACCAAAAAGCAAAAAAAAAUAAAUGCACAAAAAAAAUAUAUAAAUAAAUUAAUACCAAAAAAAAAAAAAAGUAAAGAGUAAAGAUUAAAUAAAAUUAAACACAAAGUUGAAAAGCAAACGAAAAAUGUUGCAAUAAUAGCGAAAAAUGUUAUUAUUUAAUUGCGUAUUAUUACAAGUAAAAAAUGAUUAUUAUCAUUAUUAUUACUAUUCUUAAAUAAGUUGUAACUUUUAAAGUUAAAGUCGAUAUACAUAUAUAUAUAUAUAUAUAUAUAUAUAUUUAAAACAUAUAUAUUAUACACACACACACACGUUCAUAUAUAAAGAAAACUGCAAUAUAUACAAACUAAGUACACAAAUCAAAAGUAAAAUGAAAAUGAAAAUGCAAAUAAAACAACAACAAACAAAUUGCAAUUGAUUUGUUUAAUAGAAAAUUAAAAAGUUGGCAAAUGUUAUAAAAGUUGGGCUUUUCGCGAACACAGCCUGAGAAAAUAUAUAUAUAUACCCAACGGUAAUAUAAAUACAGAGUAUAAUUGUUUAUUAUUUUGUUUUUGUUUUUUAGUUCUCGAUCUUUAAUCAAAAAUCAAAAUUGUGCUAACAAUUAGAUGCAAUUGAUAAUUAUGAAUUUAAUUUAAAGUACAAGAAUCGUUUAUUGGCCAAAAAAGCAAAGCGUAAACUUAUGUAAAAAAGAAAAUGAGGAAAAUGAGAAGAAAAGCAAAAAAAAAACCAAAAACCAGAUGAAAAUCUGUAUCGAAUGAGCUAAUGAAGAGUAGCUCAACUAAUUUGUUAAAUGUGUUGAAAAUUCGGUGUAUUAUUUCAAAAUGCAACUCUUUUGUGUUCAGAUUGAAAAGCAAAUGCAUUAAAUAUGCUAAUUAAACAAUGGAUAUGGUUAGUUAGACAAAUAUGUUAAAGCAUUCAUUAUUUCGAUGAAUGCAAAAUUGAGAGAGUGAAUUUCGCAAAACUCGAGGCAUAAAUCAAUUUAUUUGCAAAAGGCAGCAACAAAUCUCUAUAUAUAUAUAUAUAUGCAUAAGAUAUGUAAGAAACAAUUUUGACAAACCCACACACACACACACAGCCACACACACACGCAGCCACACAUACAACUGAUGAAUCAAAAGAAAAACUUAAACAAAUUACAAUUUAAGCGCAUAUGCAAAUAUAACAAUGAACUAUUAUACAUGCAACAUAUAAUUAUAUUUAAGUAAAUAAAAUAUUUAUAAAAACAAAACAAAAAACAAACGCUGAAAUGCAAAUGUUUAAACAAUUAACUAAAAUAUAUAUGUAAACACGUAUGUAUAAAAAGAAAGAAGGAAAGAAAAGCCAGAUGAAAAGCCAGAUGAGAAUGGGUAAAAAGCAAGUAAAUAUGUUGAGUUGUUUAAGGACAAGCAUGUGUAAAGCAGGCCACGUUAUGUGCAAUUAAAUUUUCUAGUCGCGCCGCCGCCACAGGACGACGACAGGACGACGACAGGACGAGAGGAUGUGGAGUGGACUAUCGGGACGAUUAUAUUGCAAUUCGAGAAGCGUAAUAGAAAAAUAUAUUUAUAUACAAAACUAUAUGGAGUAUUCAAUUAUUGGAACAAAACAGAAAAAAAAAAAACUAUCUGACAAUUAAGUAAACCACAUUUAUUACAGCAAGUGGGAUAAAAAAAAACCAACAACAAUUAAUAUGAAAACAUGUAUUGUUCUUUAAUUGACAGAACAAAAUGAAGAUGCGUUUUUUGUCUGUCUGAGAUUUAUGCAUUAGGCAGCAAAGCACACACACAAACAAAACUAAAAGUGUAAUAAACAAAAGUAAAAACAGCUGAAAUAGAUAAAAAAAAAUAAAAAUAAAAAAGCAGCAGUGAAAAUGUUCCUUUCAUAACUUUUUUGCCAAAUUGUCAAACCAACGCUCUCCAGGACUUUGCCCGUCAAGUCUCGGACCAAAAAAUAAAAAACAAACAAACACAAAACUUAUAUAGAAAAGAUGAAGAUGAUAAUGUUGACAACAAAUACGAUAUGCAUAACAUACAAACAUAGUUAUACAAAUUACAAUUAACGACAAAUAGUUGCAGUGUAUUAUAAAUUAAAGCGUUUAUAAUGUUGACAGAGCAUAAAAAGCAAUUUAAAUGAACAGCGCGAAGCCAAGGAUAAAAUGUUACCCAAAAGGCAAUUUAUGCAACUUGGCGACUUUGUUUACAUCAAUUCGCAAAGCAUUUCAAACACGCAAGAAUUGGGGACAGGAUUUAAAUAAACGCAUAAUUAAUAAACCAAAAUUAUAUACAUUUAUAUAUAUAUAUAGAUACUUAUAUAAAUAAUCAAAGAAAAUAAGGAAAAAGAAAACUUGAAGCAAAAAGACAAACACUUUUAGAUAGGCGAAAGUAAGCUGCUAAAUUACAUACAUAUAUAAAUAUAUAUAUAUACGAAUCGGCUUGAGGCAAUCCUGUAUCUAGAUUAUUGUGCAUUGAUGAUUGCAAAAGAACACGAACAAGAACAAGAACAAGAAAAAGAAAAACAAAUUUUACUUAUGUAUACGUAUGUGAGCCACAUACAUGCAUACAUACAUGUGCAAGGCAGUCAAGGCAAUGGUUACUUUAAAGCUAACUAAACUAUUUGUUAAAAAUUAAGUCUAAACACAACAAAGAAGCAUAAAUAUACCAAAAAAAAAAACGAAAAACAUAAGAAAAGCAGGUAAAUUGCGUAUUGUAAGUACACGUAUUCCAGCUGCCUGCUCCUCAAGAGCGACAGCCGAAAUUAGUUGAGAUCCUUGGAUUUUAAUUGGGAAAUCCUUGAGGCGCAGAACAUGUUAUAUUUGCAUAAGGCAUACACACACACACACACACAC